AUGGUCGAACUGGAGGAGGUUCACAGCGCAAAUGCUGCACUGGUGCAAAGCCAGCCUUUGGUAGCCGUCUUUUUCGGCGGCACAUCGGGCAUUGCACAUCAAUCUUUACGUGCCUUAACCGCAGCUGAAGCGCAACAUGGAGGCAAAGGGCUACGUUUAUACAUUGUUGCUAGGAACGCUAGCGUGGCCGCAGACAUCACGACUGAAUGUCGUGGUCUUUAUCCACAGGGUCAAUUCACGUUUGUGAAGAUUGAUGAUCUUUCCUUGAUUCGAAACGUCGACCGAGCCUGCGCAGAGAUUAUCCAGCACGAAGAGAAGGAAGGCCAAAACCCCAGAAUCGAUUAUCUUAUGAUGUCCCAAGGUGGUUCAAUCUUUGGUCCAAGGAUAGACACAAAAGAAGGCCUCGACAUUACAAUGGCUCUGAUGUACUAUUCUCGAAUGAGAGCCAUUGUUAAGUUACUUCCUCUGCUGCUCAACUCUACACUCCCUGCGCACGUUGUGUCGGUAUACGCAGCAGGAUACGAAGCAAAGCUCUACCCGGAAGAUCUCUCACUUCGUGAUUUGAAGCGCUAUAGUUACUCGCAGGCGCGCUCACACAUGAUUUAUAUGCACGUCUUGUUCAUGGAGUACUUGGCAGAGAAGUACCCCGGAAAGCUCUCGCUAGCUCACAUCUUCCCUGGACUUGUUAUCGGACCCGGGUAUUACGACCCCGGACAUCCUAUGUGGUUCAAGAUCAUGUUCCGAGUGAUGAACACCUUGUUUGGGAGAUUUUUGACAGUUCCGCCCAGUGAGAGCGGAGACAGGAUGGUCAGUUUGGCAUCGCCUCGCUAUCCCCCGCGGUCAUCUAGCCCGUCCAAAACCUACAAAGAGGGUACUGUAGCGGUGGGAACAGAUGGUAAACCGGGAAGUGGAGUCUAUUCUCUGGGCUGGAGAGGAGAUAACAACAUCAAAGCCCAGGCAUAUGAAAAUUUCAACAAGGACGAAAUGCGUAAGAGGAUCUGGGACCACACCACGAAGGCUUUUGAGGUGAUCGAGGCUGAAAGUAUCAAGCUGGCCCUCCGUAUGCCCGACAGCCACCGAAAUGCUAAUCAAACGCCUGCUCAGCAACGUCUGCGGCGCGGCCCGGCGUUCUUGCUGAACACUCCUUCGGCUCGCAGUGGUUCUGGCAGCCAAUUUGCUUCACCACCUCGAUUUUUGUUAUCUCAACAUGCCUCUCGAGUGGAUAAUAACAGCCAGUUCCAUCGCAGCGCAGCAUUGUCGCCUUUCAGGGCCUCUCCUGUUGGCACAUACCGCCGGAGCUUGGCUUAUGUACCCGAUAGGAUACACGACUUGACAAUAGAAGAUGACAUCUCUCCACAGUAUUACAGUAAUGAGAGCGACGAGGAGCGUGAGGGAAAAACAGAUGCUUGCCAAGGUGGCGAUAUAUCUACAGAAUUGGACCGUCUCUUUGACUCGCCUCGGGAUUCACACAAGAGACGCCGUAUCUCUUCAUCGCAGUCUAAAGGCAAAACAGACCAACCCAUUCGGGAAUCGAUGGAUGAAAUCCAAGAUUUUGUGCCAUCAUAUUCUGAUGACGCUGAUCUAAAUGAAGUCAGUAAUCACACACUGGCAUCGCCCUUCACACACCGUACAUCGGGUCAUCCAUCCCGUACCUUUGAAACCCCUGCACCGACACGCCAUAGACGAUACCCAGACCCCAGGACGCCCAAUGAUGUCGCGGCAUAUAAAUUAGAUAUGCGAUCAAGCAGCAAGACGCCUGCAUUUCAUAGUCCUCCCAGGUAUAUCGUCUCAGCUAAUUAUACACCUUCAUUAGCACCACAUGCCUCUCCGGCGACUGUGCCUUCUGCUUCAGCUCUUUCACAUGGGCGGAAGAAACCAAUAUUUGUACUACCUCGAUCGCCAUCUCCAGUUACGGAGAAUCACGCAAGUCGAACUCCAGCACCAAUUUCCCCCACACUCAGUCAACGUCCUCAUCGACGAGGGAGGCCUACAUCUUCAGACACAACCGCAAGAUAUGUACCUGGUGGUCUAGCCGAGCAACUCCGGGACUGGAUCCUGGAAAAAGGCGCAGAACGCGACCGUACGAUACAACAGCUAUCACGUAGGGACGACGACGCUCAGUACGUCUUGACUGCAAGGAUUGAUAGCUGUCGUCAUACCUAUCUCAAAUCGUCAGGCCAUGUGAUGAUCGUCCGGGCAACUCCAAGGCGCAAUGGCAAUGGAGAAGAGCUGAAAGAUAAAGAGACAGUGACUACAGAUGAUCUUCAACAGAAAGAACUUCUCUUACUAAGUACCGGCGCUUCCGAUUCGUGCGCAAGCAAUAGACAUGCCGAUACUCACCACCAAUCGCUGGGAACGAAACUAAAACCAGGAGAUAUCAUCGGAAUCCGCGCCGGACUGACAUGGGAAAUUGAACUAGACGCUUUAGACGAGUCUCACGACGAGCAUAAUGAGCCCAAAAUUUCCGAACAAAGAGUCAUCGCGUCUUCUCAAUCUCCGUCUGUGAGCGAUGAAGAGGAUGGUGAUGAGAUGGAAACACGUCGCUCGAUUUCUCCACAAGGAAAAGCACGAACGACAUGGCUUGUGGCUGCUGAGUGGGUUAGACUCAGAGAGAGUGUCCUGACACCGAAAUGA